AUGCUCUUGCCCUACCGCCGCCGCCAGGGCGGAGGCGUGCGGCUUCUCGCCGCCGACGGCGCCGCCUCCGACUCGAGCUUGUUCGACAAGCAGGCGCCCGUGAGCGACCUGUCAUACGCCGACAGCACGACGGGACGGCCGUGGGCCGAGUGCGGCCAAUACACAAGCCAGUGGUGGGGCGUCGACCUCGGGAGCGAGGUGUAUGUGGGCUACGUGCGGCUGCAGAACCGCAACGACUGCUGCGCGGAGCGGCUGACGGACGUCGACAUCUAUCUCGGCUCGACGGCGGAGACGUACACGGGCAACGCGCUGGUGAAGUCAGACGUGAGCGUGUUGUCGAACGUGAUGUUGGAGGUGGAGAUCAACGCGUUGGGGCGCUACAUCUACCUCAACCGGCCGUCUGCGGCGGGGCUGACGGUGUGCAAGUUCUACGACUCGAGCUUGUUCGACAAGCAGGCGCCCGUGAGCGACCUGUCAUACGCCGACAGCACGACGGGACGGCCGUGGGCCGAGUGCGGCCAAUACACAAGCCAGUGGUGGGGCGUCCACCUCGGGAGCGAGGUGUAUGCGCGCUACGCGCGGUUGCAGAACCGCAACGACUGCUGCGCGGAGCGGCUCACGGACGUCGACGUCUAUCUCGGCUCGACGGCUGAGACCUACACGGGCAACGCGCUGGUGAAGUCAGACGCGAGCGUGUUGUCGAACGCGAUGUCGGAGGUGGAGAUCAACGCGUUGGGGCGCUACAUCUAA